AUGGAUGAGAUCGGGGGCGCGGGGCGCCGCGAAAGCGUCAUGCUGCCCAGUUCGAUGGAGGCUUGCGAACCACCCGUCCAGUUGGAGCCGGUGGAUUUGAGCCUGAAAAGACCCCCAACGCCUCGACGCCGGCCUCGCACUCUGGAAAGCGCUAGUUCGUCGAGGGCGCUAAGGCAAGAUGAAUCGACGUCCAUACAACUGCCGUUCCAGACCAGUCAUCAAAUGCCCAAAAUUAAGGUCGGCCCGGACCUCCGCAGCGCCCGAAGGUACAAGCAUCAUACGAACAAGUCGAAACCGCCAUUACCGCAGCCAGCACCGCCCCAACCGAACCAGCACCUGAGUGGCGUCGAGGUGUCGGCUUGCAAGCCCUUCCUGCCACCGCUCCUACCCUUCCCGAUAGCGAACAGCAACCAGCCGAACGCGGGGCCCGAAAUGGAGCUGAAGAGUUUCCUCCUCAACACGGCCCUGCAGAACGCCCUGACCGAUUCCCUGAACCAGCUCACCCAGAGGCGCUUCGCCAAACCGGCUUUGGACACGAAGAGGCCCCGCGUCGAGGAGUUCACGAACAACAACAACGAGGAGACGCAGAGCAAGAGGCGGCUGCACAAGUGCGACGUCGCCGGCUGCCACAAGGUGUACACGAAGAGUUCUCAUCUGAAGGCGCACAAGCGGACGCACACCGGCGAGAAGCCCUACUCGUGCGGCUGGGCGGGCUGCGAGUGGCGCUUCGCCCGCUCCGACGAGCUGACCCGUCACACGCGCAAGCACACCGGCCACCGGCCGUUCACGUGCCCCCUCUGCCGGCGCUCCUUCGCCCGCUCCGACCACCUUGGGCUGCACAUGCGCCGCCAU